CAUUGUUCAAAUGUGUGUACAUAGAUUACACAUGGUUCAUGAUAUUAUGUAUGAUUGUUGUCUGUUACAGAUGUUUUCAUGGCCACUUUGUCCCUUGAACUUAAAAUGCUAUAUAAUGUUUUUAUAGAUGUGAAGGUAUUCUAAUUUUUCUAUUUCAUCAUUCUCUUUAGCUCUCACCUUGAAAAGACUAUGUGUGAUAUAUUUCUAUUAAAAAUCACCUUUUCCUUCUCUAUCCCUAUUACAUACUUGCAGUAACUUAAUUGCUUUUGCUGUCCUACAUUCAUUGAUUUAUUGUAAUAUAAUUAUAUAUUUGCUUAAUAUCAAUCUGCACCACAAUUCUACAUUACAUUUUGAUGAUAGUAGGGUUAUACUUGACUUCACACUUAUGUUGUUGUGUAGAAAUCCCAGUUGGCAAGCAAGUUGACUUUGAUAUCAUCACCGUGGGAGCAGGAAAAGCUGGUGUUCAAGUUAACAUACACACCCCCUCUGGAAAGACCAUCUUUGCCAAUAUUGAAGAAACCAUUGAUGGCUAUGCUGCUAAAUUCACUCCCCUGGAGACAGGUCCACACACUGUGGAUGUCAGCUUUGCUGGACAACCUGUCAAAGGCAGCCCCUUUUCCACAACUGCUAUACCCGACCCAUCCAAGGCUAAACCCCUCCCCAAGGCUGACCCCUCCAAGGUUAAAGCAUAUGGCCCAGGUCUGGAAGGAGGCACUACUGAUAAACCAGCUGAAUUUACUAUCGAUACACGUGAAGCUGGACAGGGAGGUCUUGGCUUGACUCUAGAGGGUCCCAUCGAGGCUAAGAUUGAGUGCCAGGAUAAUGGUGAUGGUACAUGCAGCGUGCGAUACUACCCUACUGAACCUGGAGAGUACACUAUUAACAUCACUUUUGCUGAUAAACCAAUCAAAUCAUCACCCUUCAAGGCCAAAAUUGUCUCCUCCAAGAACAUUGAUGUCAGUGGAAUCAAAUGCCAUGGACAAGGAAUUGAACCUGGUAAUCACAUGCAUGAGGAGUGAUAGCAUUGACUUCUGUGAUGGCCUUGACCUUUAUGGUAGCCUUGACCUCUGACCCACCAUUGCUUGAGAUUGACCAUUGCCCUUUCAUUUUUGAACCAUUUUCAGGAAAGCUGUUCAUACUAACUCUUUUAUACCUUCAUUUAACAUCAUAGUGAUAAUGAAAUGUUUGGAAGUUGAUAUUAAAACAUUUCAGGGCUGUUUUCCAGAUGCUACUUCCUGAACUUUGACUUUAUGUUCAUUUCUGUAUCUUGUACUCUUGCGUCUGAGCUCUGCAUUGCCCCCUCCCCUUUCUAUAUCUAAUAAUAGAGGCGAAUAAUAGAUGGAGGGGGUGGAUCAGAGACUUAAUGCAAAUGCAAGAAUAUGUAUGUAAUUCAGUUUACAAUUUUUAGUUUUCAGUAUUUUAUUAGUAACUAGAAGCCAAAUAAGAACUGAUUGUUUGUAUCUGUUAUGUCUUAUUUUAUAUUAGUAAUUUUUUGGAAUAUCUGCUCUUCAUAGAUAGAGUUGCAUGGAGUUGAUUUUGAAUGAACUUUGGUGUAAAUAAUUGCAUCUAGUUUUGUGUUUAAUUAAUGACAUAUUCUCAAACACCAUGAGUACAUUAAUUAAGGAUUUAAGUAGUGUGUAGAUAAAUGUGAAGUUCUUGCUUUGAAUUGUUUUUUAUGUGGAAGUUUUGCUGAUAAAUUCUUGAUAAAUCAUUUAAGUGGAAUUGAUGCAUAGUGAAAAGGUACUCAACAAUUUUUCCAGUAUUUUGGGUGGUACUUUAUUUGGAACUUUUCCAACUAUUUAGAUUGCUCUUAUAUCUACUAUACUGUACUACAGUAUUUAGGAAUGUUUUGGAGCUUGAUGAUUAUCCACUCAAUAUUUAUCACCAUGGUGAAGUUUAAAAAUUUACGAAGGAUCAGGUCUAUGAAAAGUUUCUCUUUUUUAUUUAACAACAAGGGAUAUAAUUGGAUUUGUGAUAUAAAUGCUCCCAGAUGGAUUUAAUAUUCGCCUUUUUCCCAAAAAGACACAUUUUGUCAUUUCAGGUAAAUAUCACAAAAAUAUUGUCCAUUUUGUCUGAAAAACGAUAGCUUGUUUUUCAUUCAAAAUGAUACAAUGGACACUUAUAUUUUGGUGGAUCAUUGCAUAUUUGCAAAAAACAAAAAAAAUGACAGAUGAUAGAU